UUCUGGGCCUCUCCGUAGUGACCAUGGCCUUUCCGCCCUUCUUCGCUCCGGCUCGUCCAGGUCCGCCGCCCCCGCAGCCACCACCUCCCGCUCCUUUCGGCUGUCCACCACCCCCGCUGCCCUCCUCGGCUUUCCCGCCGCCUCUUCCCCAGCGGCCCGGCCCUUUUCCGGGCCCCCCCGCCCCCUUUCUUCAGCCGCCUUUGGCUCUGCAGCCCCGGGCUCCCGCGGAACUCUCACGUAGUAGUGGUGGCGGCGGCGGUGGUGGCGCCUUCUACCCGGUGCCACCACCACCGCUGCCUCCGCCGCCACCCCAGUGCCGACCCUUUCCAGGGUCCGACAUUUGCGAGCGCCCACAGCCGCCGCCUCCGGGUCCGCCCUGGAACCCGCGCUGGCCUGAGGCUCCCUCACCGCCCGACGCGCUCGGGGAUGCAGCCCUGCAGCGUCUGCGCGACCGGCAGUGGCUAGAGGCUGUAUUCGGGGCCCCGAGGCAGGCUGGCUGUCCGGCGCCCCCCCGCGCGCCCGCCGGGCCCAGCCUCGGCGAGGUUCGCGCGCGGUUUCGCGGGGCUCUACGCCUAGUGCGGCGGCUGCGAGACCUGAGCAGGGCCAUGCGCGAUGCCGAGGCGGACGGGGAGACCUGGACCCUGCUGCACGCGCAGGCCGUGCCGUUGCGUGCAGAACUAGCUGCAAGUCUACAGCCAUUGACCCAGGCUGCUUAUGUGGGCGAAGUACGGCGGAGGCUAGAGCGGGUCCGGCGACGGCGGCUGCGGCUUCGGGAGCGGGCCCGGGAACGCGAGGCCGAGCGGGAGGCGGAAGCUGCGCGGGCCGUGGAGCGGGAGCAGGAGAUUGACCGCUGGAGGGUCAAGUGCGUGCAGGAGGUGGAAGAGAAGCAGCGGGAGCAGGAACUCAAAGCUGCUGCCGAUGGCGUCUUAUCUGAAGUGAGAAAAAAGCAAGCAGAUACAAAAAGAAUGGUAGACCUUCUACGGGCCUUGGAGAAAUUGAGGAAGCUAAGGAAAGAGGCUGCAGCGAGGAAAGGAGUCUCCCCUCCAGCCUCAGCAGAUGAGGCUUUUGAACAUCAUCUGCAGCGACUGAGGAAACUCAUUAAAAAACGCUCUGAACUGUAUGAAGCUGAAGAGAGAGCCCUCCAAGUUAUGCUGGAAGGAGAACAAGAAGAAGAGAGGAAGAGAGAAUUGGAAAAGAAACAAAGGAAAGAAAAGGAGAAACUUUUACUUCAGAAGCGUGAAAUUGAGUCCAAGUUAUUUGGGGAUGCAGAUGAGUUCCCACUUGCUCACCUCUUGCAGCCUUUUCGACAGUAUUACCUCCAAGCUGAACACUCCCUGCCUGCACUCAUCCAAAUAAGGCAUGAUUGGGAUCAGUACCUGGUGCCAUCUGAUCAUCCCAAAGGCAGCUCUGUUCCCCAAGGAUGGGUCCUUCCUCCGCUCCCCAGCAACGACAUCUGGGCAACUGCCCUUAAGCUGCAAUAG